CAAGAUGGCCGAAGUAACAAUUAUUAUUGUCAAUUGUACACUCUCUGACGGGAAGCGUGUUUGCUGCAUAAGCACAUGGUUUUGAAUAGUGGUUUCAAUUAACUAAAAAUUUUAAUAACGUAGAUUAAAAAAGAUGCCGAAAUCAAAGCGGGAUAAAAAAAUCACUCUCACGAAGACCAGCAAGAAGGGUUUAGUACUGAAACAACAGAUUGUCGAAGACAUCAGAAAAUGUGUUUCGAAGUACUCAAACAUAAUUUUAUUUUCCGUUCAAAAUAUGCGGAAUAAUAAACUUAAGGAUAUACGAGGUAAUUGGAAAGAUAGUAGGUUCUUUUUUGGGAAAAAUAAAAUCAUGGCGCUAGGCCUUGGUAAAUCUCCUGAAGAGGAAGCAGAAGAUGGAUUACACAAAUUAUCAGCUGCACUAAAAGGCCAGUGCGGACUUCUUUUUACCAACAGACCAAAAGAUGAGGUUUUAGACUGGAUGGAACAAUACGGAGAGGAGGAUUACGCUCGUUCAGGAUUUAUAGCAACAGAAAGUAUCUCAAUACCUGAAGGUCCAAUGCCCGAGUUUGCUCAUAGUAUAGAACCACAUCUGAGGCAAUUGGGGCUUCCAACGUCUCUCCAAAAAGGAGUAGUCACGUUACUUAAGGAUCAUGAUGUCUGUAAACAAGGCCAGACUCUCACGCCAGAGCAAGCAAGAAUACUGAAACUCAUCGGUAGGGCCCUGGCAACGUUCAAAUUAACUCCACUUGGCAUAUUCGUGAAGAACGAAGGAUACACACAGAUUGCUGAAGAUAAAACAGACGAAGAAGAUGAUGACACAAUGGAAACGGGAGAUGUUAGCGAUACAUGAUUUCAUAUCAGAUAUUGAGACGGAGUUGUACAUAUAAUUAAAUAAAUAAUUGUUUACCUUUAA